UUUUCUUUGAUGAGGGAUAAAUCAGUUCAAAUUAAGCAAUUGGGUUUGUACUGGUCAUAUUCAGCAGUUUGUAGUUUAGAUAUCAGGUUUUGUCUUUAUGUAUUUUUGUUUGAAGAGGGGAAGAUCUGAUCAACUUAUUCAGUUGGGUAUGUGCUGGUUAUACUUAGCCAGCUCUUUAAUUUACAGAUCAAUUUUUAACUGAUCUAUAGCUAUUAGGAUUUUCUUUGAAGGGUAGCAAAUCUCUCAGAACUUUAUCAAUGGGGAAGUGGAUGGAUUUGUUUGAGACAUCAAAACCAUAUAUAGGAAUGACAUGGCUACAAUUUGGGUAUGCUGGAAUGGACAUCAUCACAAAGGUUGCUCUAAACCAAGGAAUGAGUCACUUUGUUCUGGUGGUAUACAGGCAUGCUGUAGCUACUGUUGUGCUUGCUCCUUUUGCCUUCUUUCUUGAGAGGAAGGUGAUGCCCAGAAUCACAUUUAUCAUGUUUUGUCAGAUUUUUGCACUGGGUUUGUUGGGGCCUGUCCUGGAUCAAAACCUCUAUUACUUGGGGUUGAAAUACACCUCUCCCACUUUUGCUGGUGCAAUGACUAACUUGGUCCCUGCAAUCACUUUUGUAAUGGCUCUUUUAUUCAGAAUGGAAAAGGUGAAGAUUAGGGAACUGCGUAGUCAAGCAAAGAUUGUGGGAACAAUAGUAUGUGUAGGAGGAGCAAUGGUGAUGACUUUCUACAAAGGUCAUAUUCUGCCCAGUUUUUGGUCUUCGCAGCAGACCUCAUCACAUGCUGUCUCGUCAUCCACUCAUGAUAGUCGUUGGAUCAAGGGUGCCAUGUUUUUGGCUGCUUCAACACUUGCAUGGGGUGGCUUGUUUGUUCUUCAAGCUUCAGUUGUUAAGAAGUUUUCUGCUCAGCUUUCGUUGACAACUCUAAUAUGCCUCAUGGGAACGUUACAGUCAGCUGCAGUCACUUUAGCUCUUGAACGACGUCCUUCUGCAUGGGCAAUUGGAUUGGAUAUGAAGCUUGUUGCAGCUGUCUACUCUGGAAUAGUGGGUUCAGGAAUUGCAUAUUAUGUGCAAGGACUGUGCAUGGAGAUAAAGGGGCCUGUAUUUGCCACAGCAUUCAGUCCAUUGGAGAUGAUUAUUGUAGCAAUCAUGGACUCUAUAAUUUUUGCUCGGAGAAUCUUCAUGGGAAUGAUUUUGGGAGGAAUUUUCAUAGUACUUGGAUUGUAUGGAGUUCUGUGGGGAAAAGCAGGGAAUGAUACAGAAAACUCUUCCACUUCUUCAGAGAUGCUCCCUGUUUCUCUUCAUAAGUUUGAGAAUGACAUGCAAGCAUAUACCAGCAGUGAGGCUAUUCCACCUAACCCAGAUACUAUUCUUCUAGAUAUAAAGAACCAUGCAUUAGGAAAGUAAGGGAAAAAUAGUUUAUAGUGCGUAUGAUAUUUUUACUUUUUGAAGUGAGGAUUUACAUCAUGUUAAGCGAGAAUUCUAUAUAUGAUUGAGUAAGAUAUCCGAGCUUUUUCUAUGGUUGAUUGAAUUGUAAUAAAGUGGUUGAAUCUAAUUCUGUAUAGAGCAUUUUAUCAUUAUUCUAUAUAGAAUGAAAAAUCAUAUGAUACUUUGUUGAUUACA